CAGAGUAGAAGGCAGAGGGAGAGGUGAAGAGAAAGAGAUGGAGAUCUGGAGAGCGAGAACAGUUGUGUUCAAUCAGAAAUUCAGAAAGAGAGAAAGUAGAUGGCUUGCAUGUGUGUGAAGUAGAGACACGUUAAGUUGUUUAUAUUGUGAGUGUGGAGAGAGACAGUUUACAUCAGUUUGACUCUAUGAACAGGGAGGGUACUGCAUAUGUGAGUUUGAGACAGGAAGAGAGAGAGAAGGAGAGAGAGAGAGGGAGGGAGAGAGGGAAUGACAGAGAAAGAAAGAGAGAGAGAGAGAAAGAGAGUAGCCACUCAGUAGCAGACAGGACAGCAAGAGGGAACACCAGGAAGGGGGGAAGGGCCUCACCUCUCCUCCCUCUCUCCUCCCUCUCUCCUCCCUCUCUACACUCUUCUCCUUGCUGCCUGUUUAUGCCUUGCAUAAACAGCUGCCUGAUCGCCUGGGCUGGAGGACAGAGCCUGGGAGGGAGAGAGAGAGAGAGAGAGAGAGAGAGAGAGAGAGAGAGAGAGAGAGAGAGAGAGAGAGAGAGAGAGAGAGAAGGCAAGUGAAAGAGAGGGGGGCCAGAUGUAAACAGAGAGAGAGCAGCAGUGUCUCUAUGGGUUGUGCUCUGAGUGUGGACUGGUGUGCUGAGGACCAGACAGCCCUGGAGCUGAGGCCGGGGGCCCCGAGACACGGCCCCCAGGGCAGGGCCCCGAGACACGGCCCCCAGGGCGGGGGAACCAUGAAGCAGACCAAGGUGGGGAAAGGGGAGCCCCAUUCCUUCAAGGAGAAGACCUUUAAGAAGAGGCGUCAGUGUUGUGUGUGUCAGCAGAGUGUGGACUAUGUGGGCUCCUUCUGCAGAGUGUGUAAAACAGCCACCCACAGAAAAUGUGAAGCUAAGGUGACCACAACAUGUAUCCCUGCCUCCUCCGAUCUGCAGCGUAAAGGCACAGCUACAUCCAGACACAUCCAGCACCUGGGCUCCACCAAAUCUCUGACCUACACAAAGCAGAGGAGCACGCUGCCCAGGAGCUUCAGUGUGGACAGAGUGAUGGAUCGUGUGAUGGAGAGCCACUAUGACUUUGACCUGACCUACAUCACAGAGAGGAUCAUCUCUGUGUUCUUCCCCCCCCUGCUGGAAGAGCAGCGUUACCGUGCCAACCUGAAGGAGGUCGCUGCCAUGCUCAAGUCCAAACACCAGGACAAGUUCCUGCUGCUCAACCUGUCUGAGAGGAGACAUGACAUCGCACGCCUCUACCCUAAGGUGCGAGACUUUGGCUGGCCUGACCUGCACGCACCCCCCCUGGAUAAGAUCUGUGCCAUGUGCAAGGCCAUGGAGGGCUGGAUGGCCUCAGACUCCCACAGAGUGGUGGUCCUUCACUGCAAGGGUAACAAGGGUAAAACAGGAGUGAUCAUGGCUGCCUACAUGCACUACAGCAAGAUCUCAGCAGGUGCAGACCAGGCCCUCAGUACUCUAGCCAUGAGGAAGUUCUGUGAAGACAAGAUUUCUUCAUCCCUCCAGCCCUCCCAGAACAGGUAUAUCUACUACUUUGGGGGUCUGCUGUCAGGAGCCAUUAAGAUGAACAGCAGUCCUCUGUUCCUGCACCAGGUCCUCAUCCCCACCCUGCCCAGCUACCAAGCACACAGAGGAUUCUUCCCCUUCAUGAAGAUCUACCAGGCCAUGCAGCUGGUCUACACCUCUGGCAUCUAUGAUCUACAGGGUUCGGGAGGAAGGAGGUUGUGUGUGACCAUUGAGCCAGCUCUGCUGUUGAAGGGUGACAUUAUGGUGAAAUGUUACCAGCGCGUGCCCCAGCGGGCCGAGAGGGAGCCGGUGUUCCGGCUGCAGUUCCACACCUGCACCAUCCACGGAGCCCAGCUAUGGUUUGGCAAGGGGGAGCUGGACCUAGCCUGCUCAGAUGAGCGAUUUCCGUCUGACGCCACCGUAGAGUUUGUCUUCUCGUCUGGGCCAGAGAAGAUCAAAGGUCGGGAGUACAUGAGGAAUGACCCAGCUGUGACAGUGGACUACAACACUGCAGACCCUGUCGUUCGUUGGGACUCCUACGAGAACUUCAACCAACGCUACCAGGACAGCUUGGAGGACAUCGCCCACACCAGGGGUCCUGUGGAUGGGAGUCUCUAUGCCCAGAUCAAGAAGAGGCGUGGCCAAGCCUCCACUAAUGGCAGCCAAGAAGGCUCCGGCAACGAACGGCCAAGUCGCUUCCUCCCUACCAGCUCUGACUCCACCCACUCUGUUCACUCCAGCCAAUCAUGUGGCCCAUCCGAGCGUCGGGACGAGCCGAUUGGUCCUCCGCCUCCCACGCGUCAGGAGAGGGAGGAGCUAGACCGUCUGCUGGGGGGCAUGGAGGGGCAAGGCGGGGAGAGGGAGACAGCCAUCUUGGACGACAGUGACUCCUCCCCCUCGGAGCUGGAGAGGGGUGGCGGGGGGUUGGGCCGGUCCUGCUCCUGUCGCCACGACUACCGCUCCCAGCGCUGUGACCACACCCUGCUCACACUCAAUGGAGUCCUGCUCCCUGGCCCCACCAGCCCCGCCCCCUCACACCUAGACCUGUGUCAACACUACCCCCCCGCCAAGGUCCUGCCCCCUCCCGACCUGCUGUGGGGACGCCAGACCCCGCAUCACUUCCUGCCCUGCCCCUUGUCCACGCCCCCUCGCCCACUUGCCCCCCCCCAGGAGGCCAUCCCUCAGGACUGCCCCCCCCAGCCUCCCCCCGGCCCCUACCCAGAGCUGCUGCUGGACGGCCCACCCUCUGGCUGCAUCUGCCGGGAUUGCAGCCUGCGACACCAAGAUUCAGCCUAUCACGGUUUGCGGCGGGAAGAUUCGGCCUAUCACGACCUUCGGCGGGAAGAAUCAGCCUAUCACGGCCUUCGGUGGGAAGAUUCAGCCUAUCAUGGCCUUCGGCGCGAAGAUUCAGCUUGUCAAGGUUUGCGGCGGGAAGAUUCAGCCUAUUACGGCCUUCGGCGGGAAGAUUCAGCCUAUCCCAGCUUGCGGCGGGAAGAUCCGGCCUAUCACGGCCUGCGUCUGGACCGGGGGGAGGGGUUCCACUGGGACCGGGUGGCGGAGCUACAGCAGCGUGAUGGAGGCCUGCGCCGGGGCCGGGGGGAGGAGCUACACUGGGAGAGGCGGGGCCGGGACAUGACCCUCCAAUGGGAGCGAGAGGUGGAGCUACAGUGGGAAAGGGAGGCGGAUUUCUGGCACCGUAGGGCCACCCUCUCUUCCUACACGCCCCAAGUUCAUGACCUCCCAGCCUUCACCUUUGACCCCCUGCCCUUGGGACACCCAGCCUAUCCGGAGGGCAGUCACUCCCACGGCCAUGCCCGCCUGGAGGGGAGGUACCAGCCCCGCCCCCCCUGCUCCUGCUUAGCCUAUCAGCCAUCUCCCUCGGAGAGCAGGGGGUAUGGGUCUGGCUGCCAGUCAGAGACCCCCUCCCCCCUGCCACCUCCCGGAGCCUGCACACACACUGAGGUGUGUACUUCAGGAGACAGUGUGGGCUGGCGGGACCACAUAUCCCAGAGUUCCAUGCGGCAGCUGCAGAGAGACGCCCACCAACCGCCAUGCUCCACGCCCUCUGACCUCUCCGGCCCGCCCACUCCCGUCCACACCAGCAGUCCACAACGCACACUGGACAGCCUCAGAACCACCAACAUCAACAGCGACUACGAGUCUGGCCAAUCACAGGACAGAGCUUACCCCAAUGGGUCAGACACACACUCCAGAACCCCCACCCCUUCACACACACACUCACCCACCCCACCCUCACACACACCCCCAGCCCCCCCUCAUGCUGGGAACCACUGGUCUACUCCUGUUCAGACCCCGACCCUGACCUCUGACCCUACUCACGCCACCCCCAACCUGCCCAGCCACCUCCAACCCCAGUCCCAAACCCAUACCCGGCCCCAGACCCAGAUCCAGCCCCAGACCCAGCCCCAACUCCAUACCCAACCCCAUACCCAGCCCCAUACCCAGCCCCAACCCCAGCCUCAACCCCAGAUACAGCCCCUGACCCAGCCCCUGACCCAUCCACCUUCCCCAACCAUGCCCAGUCCCACCCAGCCCAAUGGAGCCUCUCCUCCCCCUCCUCACAGAGAGCUGACCCCAGAGACCCCCUCCGAGCCCCUGCCUCCCUCCUCCGACCCCCCCAUUCCAGGCUUUGCUACCCAGGGCCGAAGUCCCCAGCCCACCGGCCCCCAGCCCACCGGCCCCCAGCCCGCCGGCCCCCAGCCUGCUAUCCCCCAGCCCGCCGGCCCCCAGCCUGCUAUCCCCCAGCCCGCCGGCCCCCAGCCCGCCGGCCCCCAGCCCACCGGCCCCCAGCCCACCGGCCCCCAGCCCCCUCUCCCAGAGAAGCGCCGUCUGCCUACCCAGCCCGGCUCCGGACACGCCCCCAUGCAGCACCAUGUGACCUUCUGCCCCACGGUGGGGGGCGAUGUAGGGGGCGGUGUGGGGGGUGGUGUGGGGGGUGGUGUGGGGGGCGGUGUGGGCACCCUUGACAUUCCUCCAGAGGGGGAGGUGCUCAGCAGGGGAGGGGUGAAGGUCGUCCAGGACAGUUCCCGCUUCUGGUACAAGCCUGGAAUCUCCAGAGACCAAGCCAUUGCGGUGCUGAAGGAGCGAGAGCCAGGCUCGUUCCUGAUCAGAGACAGCAGCUCCUUCCAGGGAGCCUACGGCCUCGCCCUCAGGGUGGCCACGCCCCCAGCAGGCCUCAACCACAGCAGCAAGGACCCACUGGAGCAGCUGGUGAGGCACUUCCUGGUUGAGACGGGGCCAAGAGGAGUCAAGAUUAAAGGCUGUCAGAACGAGCCUCACUUUGGGAGUCUGUCAGCUCUGGUGUACCAACACUCCAUCACCCCCAUUUCUCUGCCCUGCUGCCUGACAAUCCCUGACCAAGACUCUCUGGGGGAGCAGGUGGAGCAGCCCCCCAGCAACAUGAGCACAGCUGCAGACCUGCUCAGACAGGGAGCUGCCUGUAAUGUCCUCUACUUGAGUUCCGUGGAGACGGAGUCGCUGACCGGCCCCCAGGCCAUUGCCAAGGCAACCGGUGCCACACUGGGGCGGAGUCCGCGUCCUGCGGCAACAGUCGUCAACUUCAAGGUGUCAUCCCAAGGCAUCACUCUGACAGACAGCCAGCGCAGGGUAUUCUUCAGGAGACACUAUCCUGUUUGCAGUGUGACCUUCAGCACCGUUGAUCCAGAGGACAGGAGAUGGAUUAACUCUGACAGUACCACCUCUAAGGUGUUUGGCUUUGUGGCCAGGAAGCCGGGCAGCCUAGCGGAGAACGUAUGUCACCUGUUUGCAGAGCUGGACCCUGAGCAGCCGGCCGGCGCCAUCGUCAACUUCAUAAACAAGGUCCUGUUGGGCUCCCACCAACGCCGUUAGACCAUCGGAAUCACCAUGGAGGCCACAAACCAUCCACCACAGAGAUCACCAUGGAGACCACAAACCAUCCAGCCUGUCAUUCUGUCCACCAAAACCGUUCCUUCCUCAAUCUUUACACACACUCACCAACUGUGUAUUCUCCAUACGCACACAAAGACUCACCUGUGUAAUGUGUUUAUACUGAUGCCGUCGUUGUCGUAACAUUUCAAGUGCCUCAGUGGCCGAAGCUUUGGCAUCCUGUAGGACCAGCUUCUAGCUCACCUGGAGCAGCAGGAGUUACUAGCCUAGCUCAC